GCUGUGCGCAUGUUCCGUGUUUUUAUUGAAUCGAAAUUAUACAAUACAAAAUAACAAUUUUUCAGUCACUGUGUAUUAAAAAAUAAUAGUUAAAAAGUGGUUUAGAGUAUUUAAAGUUAUCGGAAUAAUUAAACAAUAUCGCUAUUAUUUGAACUGAAAGUUUAGCUUUACUAAAAUGUGAUUAAUAAAAGGAAACCACAACUAUGCUUAAAGGAAAUCAUAAGAUUUAAAAAGGAAAAAAACUUGAUUAGACAUCAAUAAAAUAAGUCGUAAGAGGAUUUUUGCUGAUCUCUAAUGUCCGCCCGACGCCUACAAUGUCACACAAUUACGGUUUAAGAACUAAACAAGAUCAGGUAGAAGAAAUAGGUUCCAGAUAACAGUGCUGGGUCUCAACAAAUUAAAAUAUGACGCACUACGCAAGGCCUGACUACUUUCAAAAUACACAAAACGGUGCCUUAUCCUCUGACACCGGUCGGUCAACUUACAGUCACAUUCCGUACGGAAACCAAAAUAGCAGAGAAUAUUUUAACGAUCCAUACGAUAUAAGGAAUCAAGGACCAGACGAAUACAGAAGUGAGUGCCAUCUCACCAGUGAUUUUGUACCUACAGGCGUAGAUAAAAGCAACAAUAGUUAUGGCUACGAAUAUUUAGAAUGUUAUGGAACGCAAGAACAACCUGAUGUUGAAGAGGAAUUUGUGGACAAUUGGAAUGAAAAUACUACUGUUGUCGCAUCUGAAUAUGGGUUUGAAUAUGCGAAUCAAAAAUGUACCUCAUCGAAAAUAUUGCCUAAGCUGCCAGUCAAUAAAAACGUAAGCGGAUCAUCAAAACCAAGUGCCAGUCAAAUGGAUAUGGAGUUCCACAGAGAAGGUAUGUGCACUGAAAGAGACCAACGCCAUGGUGUCUGCAUGGCCAAAGCACACGAAUAUGACCAUCGUCUUUUGCCUGGUGAUAACCAGCUUGUCCAUGCCAAUAAUCUUAAUGGAUAUGCUGGUAUUGCCUAUUCAUCUACAUUCUUAAACAAUGCAGUGCCAGCAGCGCCAUCGCGAGCUUUACCACAAAUAGCACGAUCUAGCUUUUAUUUAAGCCAAGAUUUAUUUGGAUUAAAUGCAGACGCGGCUCAGAGGGAGGAACUUUCGCAAUGCAGCUUUGGAAUGGAUCAAACAAUGUCGAGGCCAUACACUUCCAUGUUGCCCUUAGACUACAGUGAUUACCAAGAAUGUUAUUACAAUACCGACAAUCUUUCAACAUAUAGCGACACACCGCCGACUAAUAAUGCACAACUCAAGCUGCAAAAGCAAAGACAAAUUUCGUUGAUGAUGGCGAUGACUACAGCUUCUGUGAUAGCAUCUGGUGAGACUAGAGUGCCGGUUCACUCAAAGCAUUCUAAGAAACCAACUGAAUUCCAAACAGACUCUAUACAAGGAAGCAGCAUCAACGUUAGCUCCGUUACAAAUGCUUCAGAGAGAAUUUUAGAGCCGGAAUGCUGUGGUGGAUUUGUCACUCCAGGUGACUCUGGUGCCGUCACAAGCACUCAACAUACUACAAGAACGACGAUUUCAAAGACUAGAAAAUUGCCAAAGGUUCUACCAACGUCACAGUGCAAAUCUUCGUUGCAUACAAAUACCACAGCCACCGAUGCAUUAGGUUCCCCAUUAUACUCUUUAGAUACUGUGGCAGAGAAAAGUCAUCGUCCCAAGCAGCUUCCGAAGUUGCCGACAUCAUUGUCUUUGACCAAGCCACAACCAAUACCCAAUUCGAAUUUGACAACGUAUCCUGCCACACCACCAUCUUUAUUAUUUAAAUCGACAUCCCCUCAAUCGCCAGCAACAACAAUAAAAACAGCAACAACCACAUAUUCGCCUAUAUCAACGUCUAAUGUAGCGAGCCAUAACUCAUUUACCUUUCCCUAUGAUAGUAAAGAACCUAAAGAAGAAGCGCUUUCGACCAAAUCCAUCAAAGCAGAUACCGCGCCGUCAUGGACUUCAUCUCCUCCAAUACUAUCAAAACCAAAUCUUAGUCCAUCAUUGGAGCUUCCGUACAAUAUUAUUCAGCAGAAUUUGCCAACAUAUAACCUACCUGAAAUUGAAAAAGCCAAAUCAGACAUUAAGCCAGACCUACAUGAAAUAUUGGUUAAACCUAUUUCAGAAAGUAUAAAAUCACCCGAGCCAUAUUGCGAGCCUGAUUCAGCCUUAUUUAACAUAUCUGAUUAUCUAAAGCCUUAUACAUUAGACAUAAUUACUUUCUCCGGAGAUAAAGAAAAUCAUAUCAUAAAUGGUGCCAGUUCAUUAACCACUACACAACUCGGCUCUGACAACGGGGAGCUCAGUAGUGAUAUGAGCAAAUUGCAAUUGUCUGUGCCAUCAGGUGACGGACUCUUUCCGUAUUCUAACAAGUGGACGGAUAGCUGUGUCAAUUAUCAAAAAUAUGAUGUUGAUUUGGGUGAAAUUAUUGCAACUCAGUCUAAUCCAAGCACGACUCAAGCUGAAUCAAUAAAGUCACCAUUAAGUAGUUCCAUUCCUCCUCACUCCAAAUCUUCGCAUUUCACUUCCGAUUAUUCAACGGAAGGAAUCUUAUCUCAAAUAGCAGGUUCUCCUUCCGACAUUAACACAACUGUUAGUUGCAUUCAGUCUAACAACGCGUUCACAACAACUGUUCACGUAAAUAAUCAUGAAGUGCUGCCAGUAACCACAAGCCAAAACGCUCCACCAUCGCCAUCAACUCUAACGUUAAGAUCACCGUCGUCAAUAGCUCCAAUUCUAUCCUACACGGACUACAUGAAGCAAUUUGAGUUGCCCGAUUUGCCACAGCUGAUAAUGGACCUCUCAGAAAAUGAGCCCGUUUCUCUCAGUGUUUCUAAUGCUAUUACAACUGAUACUGACACUAAUACCGAACGUUUCACGUCAUGCAAAGAGUUGGAUAACAAAGCCAAAUGUAGUGAUCCAUUACCUUCGUACUUAACAGAAAUUUUUGAUGCAAAUAACGUGCCCAGCGUUUCAUUUGAGAUUCCAAAAACUCCCGAAAACGAUGAAAAGAUAAAUUUAACUAAUAUUGCAACCGUACCCUCAGUACCAAUUACCACCACAAUAUGUUCAGUAGUCCCUCCGAAUCGACCUAUAUAUAUGUCAGAGGCUGAGGCGAUAGAUAACACUGCAGUUUCAUUCGAUGACACCUUUUACGAUAGUUUUAAUGUUGACAUAAUAGAACUGACGGCAUCUGUUGGACAUAUUGAAACUGAAAACGGUUUAAGCAAUACCGCAAUUUUAAGUGGGGAAACUAAUAGUAUGACUAUCGAUAAUGAGACCCCGGUUGAAUUGAGUAUUAAAAAUACUGUGGACACAAGAGAUAUGAAUCAGAAUUUGAGCUCAGGACAAGGUGGUUAUUAUAAGCCAUCUCAGACCCAACAAAAAGCGAAUGUGGUUGCAUCUGCAGCAACAAGUGUGCUGGGUGGAAUUUCGAAAGGCCUAAAAGGAGGAUUGGACGGUGUUUUAAGUGGUGUCGGUUCAGCAGUUGAAGUCACUCAGACGACUAACAGCACUAAAAAAGGGUUUGGAUUUAGCUUAGCAUCUAAGCUUGUGCCCAGUGUCGGUGGGUUACUUUCCAGUUCAAGUUCAAACUCUAGCAAACAAGCACAAGCCCCAAAAAUAGAAACUACUUCUCCUUAUAUAACGACAUCAGCUGAAAAUGUUUCUAAUGAUCACAGUACUUACGUGGGAACGACAUCUCCAUCCUGUCUUUUUAAUAAUACACAGAACAAUUUAUACGCCACAACAGUUUCAAACACCUUGGAGGUGUCUCGCGAUUACAAUGAUAUAGUGGUAGCAACCAGUUCGGCUAUGAUGGAAAACAUCUGUGACAGUUACGAUGAAAGCUAUGAUGAGAUGAUUUUAACUGAAAACAUGUUGAAAGUAGGAAUGGUUGAACGUGAACCUGAGUAUGGCCUAAUAGAAAAUCCUUAUUCGUAUCACAUACCAGACGAGGCACAGGGCGACAAUAUGAGUGCAUAUGAUAAAUCGCACAAGGAUGUUUUAAAUGAACCGGGUUUUGAUAUGGAAGAUAAAAUAAGAAAUGACGAGCCGCAUUUUCAAAAACCUAUAAUAAAAAAAGUAAAUACUACAUCUGGUGGUAUGUUCGGAUCUAUUUUAGGAAAAGCAGCUGCAGCUGUCCAAUCAGCAACGCAAGCUGUCAAUCAAGGUGCAUCCUCAGUGGCUUCAGUCGUGGCUCAGAAACCAUCAAUGCUACCCACAACACACAUAGUGCCUGACUCGUCUGGUAUUUCCUCGCCUAAUACGAUGAAACGUGAUUCGGAAUUGGGUUCAGUUGGUUGCGAUGCAAUGAAUAUCGAUUACAACUACCAACUGACCAACGAAGAGUCUCUGCCAAGCCAUUACGCAAAUACUGGCGAUGAUUAUGAGAAUAGUAAUUUUAAAAUGCAUGAAUAUGGUACAUAUACAGAUAAUAAGGCAUUUGCCAAUUACCAUUCCAAUGGUAAUCAAAGCCAGUUUAAGGAUGACACGAUGAUUUCCGGGCUAUCUCAAGUGAUUAGUAAUGGCACAAAAAUACUACCGACGGUGCCGCCAGCAGGAUCCACCGGCAAAAAACUGCCCACCGUCAACGGUAAAUCGGGAUUGCUAAUUAAACAAAUGCCGACAGAGAUAUAUGAUGAUGAAUCGGAUGAGCUUGAUGAGCUAAAUGUUAGUCUAUCGAUCGGCAAAGAACCGAGUUAUCGCAUUGAUAGCGAGCAGGAUGAUUACUACAUGGAUCUUCAGCCGACGGCACCGUCGAAUCAGACGAACGGUUAUUAUGAACACGUCAAUAAUGGUUAUGAUUAUCGAGAGGAUUACUUUAAUGAGGAGGAUGAAUACAAGUACCUCGAACAGCAGAGAGAGCAAGAGCAACAUCAGCCAAAAAACAAAAAAUAUCUGAAGCAAACCAAAGGUAUGCUAUCGAGCAGUCAGCCACAAUCCUCAUUAGAUUUCAUAGACGAUAGACAGGACGAUGACUUUAUAUACGAAAACUAUCACAGCGAAGAAGACAGCGGAAAAUAUUUAGAUGAGAGCUCUAGUGGUAGCGUCGGUCCCAUCGAAGGGCGAAAUUUAAAAAUGGAUGUAAUAUGCGUUGGUACUCGCAAAGACUCGAACGGGGAGCCUUCAGUACCCGCAAUCAGCACUCAUAUGAAGGGCGAGUAUUUUACUCCGACAAAUAAUUCACUUCAAAAUCAUGACAGUGUGAUUAGCGAAUCAACGACAAACAUUUCGGGCUUUAGCAAAGAGAAAGUAUGUCCAGACCUCGACGAAAGAGAUGAAGACAUAAAUGAUCAGCUAUCUGAUCUUACUGACUUAAAUAAACGUAUUUCGCAAAAGAAGAAACCGCUCCUAAGGGGAGAAACUGAAGAAGUUGUGGCUGGUCACAUGCAGAUGAUACGACAACCGGAAAUCACAGCAAGGCAACGAUGGCACUGGGCGUACAAUAAAAUAAUUAUGCAACUUAAUAAUGGCGGUGGUACUGGAGAAGUUGGUUUGCGUUCCAAUGGUCAUCCCGGAGAUAAUCCUUUCUAUAGCAAUAUUGACAGUAUGCCGGAUAUACGUCCUCGUAGAAAAUCCAUUCCCCUUGUGUCGGAACUGACAAUGGCCGCUACAAAACGAAAUGCUGGACUUACAUCCGCUGUACCUCGUGCAACGCUAAACGACGAAGAACUGAAAAUGCACGUAUACAAAAAAGCUCUACAGGCCCUGAUCUACCCCAUAUCAUCGACAACGCCACACAACUUCCUGUUGUGGACGGCAACGUCACCAACCUACUGCUACGAGUGCGAGGGUCUACUGUGGGGAAUCGCACGGCAAGGAGUGCGAUGCACUGAGUGCGGUGUUAAGUGCCAUGAAAAGUGUAAGGACCUGCUGAAUGCUGAUUGUCUUCAGCGUGCUGCCGAAAAGAGCUCAAAACACGGUGCGGAGGAUAAGGCCAAUUCGAUCAUCACAGCCAUGAAGGAGAGAAUGAAACAACGAGAGCGAGAGAAACCAGAGAUUUUUGAGUUGAUCAGAGCCGUGUUCAGCGUUGAGGAGAAGAGUCACACCGGUCAUAUGAAGGCUGUUAAACAAAGCGUCCUGGAUGGCACAAGCAAAUGGUCGGCCAAGAUAGCAAUCACAGUGAUUUGUGCUCAAGGCCUGAUAGCGAAGGAUAAAAGCGGUACCAGUGAUCCAUAUGUGACGGUACAGGUUAGCAAGGUGAAAAAACGAACGCGAACAAUGCCACAGGAACUUAACCCUGUGUGGAACGAGAAGUUUCACUUCGAGUGCCAUAACUCCUCAGACCGUAUAAAAGUACGAGUUUGGGACGAAGACAACGAUCUUAAGUCAAAACUUCGGCAGAAAUUAACCCGAGAGUCGGACGACUUCUUGGGUCAAACAAUUAUAGAGGUUCGUACGCUUUCCGGUGAAAUGGAUGUUUGGUACAACUUGGAGAAGCGCACAGACAAAUCGGCCGUAUCAGGUGCGAUACGGCUUCACAUAUCCGUUGAAAUAAAGGGCGAGGAGAAGGUAGCUCCUUAUCAUGUUCAAUAUACCUGCUUGCACGAGAAUCUGUUUCAUUAUCUUUGUGAAGAAAACAUCGGAAUGGUUAAAUUGCCAACCCAGAAAGGCGACGAUGCUUGGAAACUGUAUUUUGACGAAAUUCCCGAGGAGAUUGUCGAUGAGUUUUCUAUGCGGUAUGGAAUUGAGAACAUCUAUCAAGCUAUGACGCACUUUCAUUGCUUAUCUGCCAAAUACCUUUGCCCCGGAGUACCAGCCGUAAUGAGCACACUGUUGGCAAAUAUAAAUGCAUAUUAUGCUCAUACAACUGCUUCUUCAGCUGUGUCGGCCAGUGAUCGAUUUGCGGCCAGCAAUUUUGGGAAAGAAAAAUUUGUAAAGCUGCUGGACCAGUUGCACAACUCACUUAGAAUUGAUUUGUCAAUGUAUAGAAACAACUUCCCUGCAUCGAGCCCGGAAAAGUUAAUGGAUCUAAAGUCGACAGUCGAUUUAUUGACGAGCAUUACCUUUUUCCGCAUGAAGGUCCAAGAGCUAUCUAGUCCUCCGAGGGCGAGCACAGUGGUUAAGGACUGUGUUAAAGCUUGCCUGAGAUCAACUUAUCAGUUCUUGUUCGAGAACUGCUAUGAACUCUACAACAGAGAAUUUCAGGUUGAUCCCAACGAAGCAAAACGCGCGCCGGAUGAUCAUGAACCCAAACUGGAUAGCGUAGACUUCUGGCACAAGCUUAUAGCUUUGAUCGUGUCAGUGAUAGAUGAAGAUAAAAACAGCUAUGGCACAGUUUUAAACCAAUUUCCUCAGGAACUAAAUAUUGGCCAGCUAUCAGCAUCCUCAAUGUGGCAUCUUUUUGCUGUGGACAUGAAGUAUGCACUUGAAGAGCACGAGCAGCAUCGUCUUUGCAAGUCAUCGGCUUAUAUGAAUCUUCACUUUCGAGUUAAAUGGCUGUAUAGUAACUACGUUAAAGAGGUGCCUCCCUACAAAGGAGCAGUUCCCGAUUAUCCAGCAUGGUUUGAGCCUUUUGUGAUGCAAUGGCUAAAUGAGAACGACGACGUAUCACUGGAAUAUCUUCACGGCGCAUUUAAGCGAGACAAAAAAGACGGGUUUCAAAAGAGCAGCGAACACGCGCUUUUUUCAAAUUCGGUUGUCGACGUUUUUACGCAAUUGACGCAAUGUUUCGAUGUUGUUAGCAAACUCGAGUGUCCUGAUCCAGAAAUUUGGAAACGUUACAUGAGGCGUUUUGCUAAAACAAUCGUAAAAGUGCUAAUAGCUUAUGCGGAUAUUGUAAAAGUAGAAUUUCCAGAUCACAUGAAGGAUGAAAGAAUUGCUUGCAUACUUAUGAACAACAUUCAACAACUGAGAGUGCAGUUGGAAAGAAUGUUUGAGUCUAUGGGAGGGGAUAAGCUAGAGGAGGACGCAGCCAAUUUGAAGGAACUUCAGCAGAAUUUAAAUUCAGCACUGGACGAUUUGGCAUCACAAUUCGCUAUCAGCUUGGAGCCGCGAAUAACUCAGUCUGUAAGAGAACUUGGUGAUAUGCUACUUUCUAUCAAAGGAGGUAGUGGGACUCUGGCAGCUGGGAACCUAGCCGCUCAAAGAAACACGGUUGCCGUCGAGGCCGAUGAAGUUUUAAGGCCGCUUAUGGAUUUGCUCGACGGCUCUUUAACUCUAUAUGCCCAAUCGUGUGAAAAGACCGUACUAAAGAGGUUACUAAAGGAGCUAUGGAAAAUUGUGAUGCGAAUAUUAGAAAAAACUAUUGUUCUACCACCAAUGACUGAUAAAACCAUGAUGUUUAAGCACCUUACUGACAAUGCAAAAAACUUAGCAUCCAAUGCAAAAAUUGAAGACAUGGGCCGACUGUUUAAGUCACAUAUGGCAGGGAAGCAGGAUGUUAAAAGUGCGCUUAGUGGUGUAAUGGACAUAUCGAAGGAAGUCGAAAAGAACUUGUCACCCAAACAGUGUGCCGUGCUUGACGUUGCCUUAGAUACAAUAAAACAAUAUUUCCACGCCGGUGGCAAUGGACUGAAAAAGACGUUUCUGGAAAAAUCGUCCGAACUGCAAAGUUUACGUUACGCACUCAGUUUAUAUACGCAAAUGACAGACACACUAAUCAAAACAUUUAUAUCUAGUCAAGUUCAUGAGGGUAAGUACAAUUUGAUUGAUCCUGAAAACGCCGAGGAAAGUGUCGGCGAAAUUUCCGUGCAAAUAGACUUGUUCUCUCAUCCAGGCACCGGUGAACACAAAGUAAACGUAAAAGUUGUUGCUGCUAAUGAUCUUAAAUGGCAAAUACCGUCCGGUAUGUUUAGACCAUUUGUUGACAUCAUAAUCGGACCACACCUACAAGAAAAAAAAAGGAAAUUCGCUACUAAGUCAAAGUCAAACAAUUGGUCACCCAAAUACAACGAGUCGUUCAGCUUCACUAUUGGAAAUGAGGAGCAGCUAGACUUUUUUGAGUUGCACAUUUGCGUUAAGGACUAUUGUUUUGCCCGUGACGAUCGACUCGUAGGCGUAGCUGUAAUCCCACUAAAAGAUAUUUCAGAAAAGGGUUCUGUCGCCUGCUGGUUACCCUUAAUGAGACGUAUUGAAAUGGACGAAACGGGCUGGACCAUUUUAAGGAUUUUAUCACAACGUAACAAUGAUGAAGUAGCCAAGGAAUUUGUCAAGCUGAAAUCGGAAAUACGACAGGAGCCAACGAUGGGCACAUAAAUCUACAAAUUCACCUAUUACAUAAUAUUACUUUGACAAAAUAGCUAUUUUAUUUUUUCCGGUGUGCUGUAUUACAAGUAUUCCCAUAUCGCAAAAUCAUACAAAAAAUAUGCAAUAUAAAUAUAUAUCUAAACACUAUGUAUGUUCAUUGACGUAAACCUGUAUAUCAUAACUCCACCACGUUCACAGAAAUGACUUAC